AAAUGUCUCUGCCCAUGCUCGCGAGGACAGGAGGAGAUGAGCUAGACUGCAGUUGAUAGAUAUGUUGUAAUGAUGUAAUGUUGCCUAUUUGGUGACUACGGAUGGCUGUUUGUGCCAGGCUCUGCGGAGUGGGUCAGUCUCGGAGGUGCCGGAGGCGACAGCGGAGCAACCAGCAGGAUCAAGGCAGCGACUCCGACAUGGACGAGGAAGAAGGGGAGCGGAUUGAGGGCCAGGGGAAAGGCGAUGAAGGUAGCUGCGGAGGCCCGGAGCGCGUCGUCGCCACUGCAGGGCCGAGUGACGCUUGUGAAUAUGGCAGCGGUCAUGUCAACAGAGGAAGCUGUCGGGAUCGAACAAGCACAGGACCUCCACACCCCCAGUCAUUAUCCGAAUUACCACCGGAGCUUUUAGUGGAAAUAUUCUCCUUGCUUCCCGGAAUAGUUCUACCUAAUGUCGCGCUCGUCUGCAAGAAAUUCAGACAAAUUCUCAAUACGGAAACCAUCUGGAGAAGGCGAUGCAUGGCAGAGUUUGGCAUGGGGGAGGAUCUGAGGAAGCUGGAAGCAGGAGGAGCAUCCAGCCAGGACCUCUAUGUAAAACGUGUCAACCCCCGGGUGAAGUCUGGGCGCUUUAUGAAGCUCCUCCCGGACUACGAGCACAUGGACUAUAGAGACGUGUACGCACAUUUGCUUCACCCAUACAGACAUAUUUUGGGGCUUUGGCAGCCUGACAUAGGUCCUUAUGGUGGAUUGCUCAAUGUUGUGGUGGAUGGGUUGUUCAUCAUCGGCUGGAUGUAUCUGCCACCUCACGACCCCCGUGUGGAGGAUCCCAUGAGAAGACGGCCCCUCUUCCGUAUCCACUUGUGGGAAAGCAAAAAAGCCACUGUGGAGUGUAUGUAUGGGCACAAAGGUCCCCACAAAGGAGACAUACAGACAGUAAAGAAGGAUGAGUUUUCAACUAAAUGUAACCAGACUGAUCAUCACCGGAUGCCAGGAGGCAGACAAGAGGAGUUCAGGACAUGGUUGGAGGAAGAAUGGGGUCGUACUUUGGAAGAAAUCUUCCAUGAACACAUGCAGGAGCUCAUCCUGAUGAAGUUCAUUUACACCAGUCAAUAUGAUAACUGCUUGACAUAUCGGCGGAUCUACCUGCCUCCUGCCAUGCCCUCAGACCUGCUGCAGCCAGGCUUGUUUAAAGGUACUUACGGCAGUCAUGGCUUGGAGAUUGUCAUGCUCAGUUUCCAUGGGCCCUCUGCAAGAGCCACCAAACUCACUGGAGACCCCAACGUUCCCGCUGGGCAACUCACACUGGAUGUUGACCUGAGUCGGCCUGUGGUCCUGCCAGACCUGGAUCAGCAGCGCAACAUUGAAGAGCUGUCGCGGCUCAUUCUGGGGAUACAUGAGGUGGUACAGAGGGAGGAGGAACAGCAGGCAAAUGACACUUCAGAUACAGUCAGAUGUGCAGCAGAGGGAGUCUGUGGUGAUGCUAGCGUGGCAAAUGCAUUGGAGCUAGACCACGGUGCCUGUUCAGAUAGCUGCCAGUCUGGCCCAAGCAGCAGCAGCAGCAACAACCCCACUGAAUCCCAGCCCUUUGUUUUGCCUCUGGGGGUCAUGGCUCGCAAUGAGGUCUACCCUCGUACCUGCAGGAAAUGCUUCUAUGGGACAGGCUUGAUUGCUGGGCAUGGCUUUACAAGUCCAGAGCGCACCCCGGGGCUCUUUGUGCUGUUUGACGAGGACCGUUUUGGUUUCAUCUGGCUGGAGUUGAAGUCUUUCAGUCUGUACAGUCGCCUGACGGACCACCUACCCCACGCUCAUGCCCCGUGCAUGGAGCGAUUUGAGGCCAUGCUGCGCAACAUGCAGUCAUGGACAUCCUGAUGCACCAAGCUUUAAGUCUCCUCCCACAAUACAACACAACCAUCAUACAUGAUAGCUGAUGACCUUAACUCUCCAGGUUCUGUUUUUAACUGUUUCAUGUUGGGUUUUACUGUUUUAACUUGAGCUGCUUUCAUCUCCCUGACCUGGAUAACUCCUAUCUGUUCCCAUAUGUGCACAAUGAAGGGCCUACCAUGUCACCAUCUGUCACCUCACCUGGGUAUGGCCUUAAUAUUCCAGUUUAGCGUGAUACUGGGUCACAUAUAUGUUUGUUUUUGUUUUUUUUUUUUUCACUGCAGGAAAAGAAAGAAUGAUCCCACUUAAUAAAGAUUAGACAGUUUGUGCCUGUGAAUCCAAAAAGAAUUCUGUACUCAGUAGCGCGUGAAGCAGAUACCAGUAUAGUCUAACACACUCAUUUCAAUGCCCAACAUAUCUAAGUGCAUGUUGCUUUUAUUUAGCUCUAAUAAUCACUGUGUGCUCAUAACCUCUAUGUGAUUAUGUUUUCAUAAAGCAGCAUGCUUUGCUUUUCAGUUGUUUUUAAUUUUCUGCUGUAGAGACAUCAGAAUUAAAAAAAAAAAGCCACCUCAGGUCUUUCUCUUGGCCAGAUCAAAAACAGGACAAAUGUAUAACCAAAAGAGAAAAAAAAGUGUGAAGUUGCAUUCAAUUAAUUAAUCUAUGUAAUAGAAACAUGGAGUAUUUUUUACAACUGGACACAUUUCUCAUUACUAACCCACCGUCUUAUCAAACCCUGCAGUUAAAUCAGCCACUUUUGGGCUGCCUCAUAUGUUUUUGCCCUUUGAACUCAAGAUCUAUCUUUUUAUGAUAUGCUUUGACUCUUGCUCCCUCAUGGCACACUUAAUGUCACUACACUCAGCAAAUAAUAGCCGUAAUGUAAGCUGGAAAGAUGUACCUAUACAUAAGCUUGAAUUAAUCAAAGUAUCAUAUUUAUACAGUUUAUGUGCUUCUGUAAUAAUCUCAAAUGUUGUGGAUUUGUUGUUUGCUUUAAUGGCUGACACAGAGUUUGCCUGGCUAAAUACCUGUGAAACGAUCCCCGCCAGUUAUCCCACUGAUAUCCAACUUGAGACAAGGCUAGCUGAUCAGUAUUUUAAUGGCUCAAAGUGUAUCUCAAAGUACAAAGUGAAUGUCUGUAUGUCUCAUUACGGCCCGAUGAUGAUUCCCACUAGCUUUCCUACUCCAAGUGCACUUUUCUGGGCAGUUUGGUGAAUCAUUAAAAAUCAGAGGCCAGCACUUUUGUACCAGACUGCAGCUUUACUAACAUUUGCAAAAAAAGGGGAAAAAAGUCUGCUAAAGUAAUCUUAGUUUGCCACAUUUUAUUAAUUUAAACUUUGUGUUUUCUUCUGUCUGUAAACCCAGUUGUCUGAGUGAUUUGCCUUUGAAAUGUUUUGCUUUGUACUAUUAUCAAUGCCAUAUGCCUGAUUUUAUGGAAAAUAUAAGUUUGACUUAUUGAACUGCUCACAUCAGACUUCAGGGAGCUUUUCAGCUUAAGCGCUCUUCUCAAUAAUAAAAUAAAAAUA